UGUACAAAAUCUAAGGUUGAAAAGUUAGCAUCUGAACCUUUACGUUAACAGUUCUUCAAUGUUUUGAGUUUGUAAAAUCUUUGAGUAGUUUAUGGGCUGCAUACCUACGAAACUAGCGAAACAUACACCCGGAUAUGAGGAUCCUACUGUUCUGGCUUCGGAAACUUCUUUUUCUGUGUGCGAAGUAGAAGCUUUGUAUGAGCUAUUCAAAAAGCUAAGCCAUUCAAUAUUUAAAGAUGGUCUGAUUCACAAGGAAGAAUUCCAACUCGCUCUCUUCAAGAAUAGCAAGAGAAAGAAUCUCUUCGCAGACAGGAUAUUUGACUUGUUUGAUAUCAAAAGAAAUGGGGUUAUAGAAUUUGGAGAAUUUGUUCGAUCCCUCAACGUCUUCCACCCAGACACACCGACGGAAGAGAAAAUUGCUUUUGCAUUUAAAUUGUAUGAUUUGAGACACACUGGCUACAUUGAGCGCGAUGAGUUGAAGGAGAUGGUUCUUGCUCUCCUAGAUGAAUCUGGUUUACACCUUUCAGAUGACGUCGUUGAAGUAAUUGUUGAGAAGACAUUUUCCCAAGCUGAUUCAAAAGGUGAUGGAAGGAUCGAUCCUGACGAAUGGAAAGAAUUUGUUAGUCAAAACCCGGCUUUGCUGAAGAAUAUGACUCUUCCAUACCUAAAGGAUAUGACGAUGGUAUUUCCCAGCUUUGUUGUGAACUCUGAACUUGAUGAAGAAGAUCUAUAGUUACCUACUUGACUGAAAAGUCAUGGAACUUUUUCUACAUUUCUUAUGCAAGAACGGUGAAUUUCUACUUCUUGCACAGAGAAAAAUUCUUUUCACUUUAUUAAGCUCAGAGAACUGGCAAUUCCAUGUAAACUCAGUACUCAAAAUUAACUUCAUAACGGCAGUGAUGCUAUGCAUUCAGUAACAGUACAAUCCAAAGGAGGCCGACUUCAAGGAUACGCAUUGAGCUCAUCAACUAGUACGAGAUGAACACCAAUUCUGCGACUUGUUAGAUACCACUGAACAGAGACUAGAAAGAUUGCGGUGAGUUUGUAUUGCGAAGGAAAAAGCAGUUGGAAACAAAUUAAGACUUACUUUGGAGUGGUUCCCUAAAAAGUGCUGAAUCUGCUGAUAGUUGUUUUUCUAUUCUUUUAGAGUUGUGAUAUUUUGUGAUAAAGUUGGAGCUACUUUAAAGGCUUUGAUCUGAUUUGUGGCA